UCGUUUUCUUUGUGCACUUUUUUUGCUAUCUGCUUCCAAUUUAAUCGGUUGAGCAUGGGAUCCCGAACUUUCCCUACUGCUAACGGUGGCCGAAACCCUGCUUCCUCAGCGGCAGGAUACAAAGUUUUUUUUGGCAUUAUUAACAAAAAGAAUGAACCGGAUAUGGAGCGUAUUGGGGUGCAGUUCUUGAAACGCUUUGGUUUGAAGCCGGCCCAUUACAUCCAGUUGAAGCCGCAUUUACAGGGAUUUGAAGUAACCUUUCGGACAAAAAAAGAUGCGUUGAGUGCCGUUGAUCACUGUGACGAAGGCUCACUGGCCGAUGCGUGGAAAGGAUCAGUGACCGCGCGGCUGUUUCAGAUCAACGAAGAAGCGGAUUCCGUCGUCAGUCGCAUGCAGAGGGAGCUCUGGAUCUUCCCUGACCAAUCAAUCUCGGAAGAGGCGCGUAUGGAGGAUGUCUUGAAAAUCGUGGAAUUUUGGCAGAAGGCAGGGAUAUGUCCGCGCCUCGACGAUAAAGACAAACCAACCCCGGAACAAGAGGACGCGUUUCGUCGCGGUCUCCUUGGUAUUCCGACGCUGAAGAAUCAAAACAUUAUGCCAAAUUAUGGAGCCAAAACGGUUGUACGAACUUUGUCCUCGGAAGCCGCGAUUGCUGCAUCUGUGAAUCCGCUGCCGGAUGAGUUUUUCCAAGUAUUCGACGGUCGGGGAUUUGUUAUCACGUGCUCCCGUCCUUGUGAGUUCAAGCAUCGGCAUGAUGGAGAAUCUGCCGUGCUCCACCUUCCGACCAAGUGGCGCACUUCUUUUGAUGAGAUUUUGCUCCCAAAGUGGCUGGACGAGCUGAAUGCCAAAAGUGGAAUCGAUGCUCACAAGCUGCAAGAAAAAGUCAGACAUCCAACGAUGCAUCAGUUCCUCGGCUUUCGCGACGGGAAGGAGCGAGAACGUUUUAUUGCGGCGGUGGAAAAGCAUAUGCCGACUUACCUCGAGGUGCCGGUUCGUGCCCUCCGUUGGUCGGAUUCGAUUUUAUACGAUUUUAAAGGAGUUUUGAGCGAGGAUGACCGGGCUGAUUUGGUCAGUAUCAUCGAGGGCAGCCCGGAAAUGUUGAAGAAACUACAGGAUCGCCCUGUUUUUCGCAGUGGAAAUGGCGGCGGUGGCUCUGCGGGGACAAACCAUUGCAAUGAGAUCGCGAGAAUGUCCUGGUGGAGCUGUUACUUACAGCUGAAUGUCUGCGCCAACCAGGACAUCUUGUUCACGGUGGAGCGUCCACGUGGGGGGAACAUGGACAAAGUAACUGUGGAUUUCUCGGUCUUGUUGGUGUUCACCGAAGGUUACUUCCAGGCGGCGCUGAAACGGGCUGCGACCAUCCGGAAAUUUGUGCCCCAGUUGGAGGACAUGAUUCUUCUGUUUAAAGCGGGCGGCGGAAUGAUCAUGAAUGAGCAUUUGUCUUUUGACUCAUUGGGCCGAAUCACGUUCUACUUAUGGUUUCCGAGUCUGGAUGAUGCGAUAGCGGCGUACAGAAUGAUUACGCCAGAGGAUGCCAAAGCCAGACCACGAUUCAGCAUUCGUGACGUUAUUCAGCAACACGAAGGUGCGAAAGUCCGUACGGGCGCUUCCCUGGAUACCGGCUUUUCGGUCACGUUCCCUAAAGGCGAAUGGUACGUCAAAAUGGAUCUGAAGGAAAUUGCCCGUAAAGCCGAAGCGCGGUAAAAGAAUGCGUAUUUUCGGUGCCAGUGUUUCCAUUGAUAAUUUGAAAUGGGAUGUUAUUUUUGUACUGUUUGUCUUCGUGUUCUUUCUUUUGUUUCUCGAAUCGCUUAACCGACCGAUUUCUUAUAAUGGUAAUAAUGGCACUGACCUUACAGGCUGUUGUGAAUCUGAUAGUAUUCGGAAUUAUUUGACUUUUGUUGUCGUUUGAGGUUUUCAUAAAACAAUGAUGACCUCUGGUUGGUUAAAAACUGGAGUAUGCUGGAGAAGAAAUAAACGCCACAU